CUUCAGAACUAAACCUCAACAAGAACUAACAUACAGGUAAUGAUUGCUGUUCUAUCUCUAGCUCUUUUACUCAUCUGUCAGCUUGCUGCAGCUAGACCUGCCUCCGAACAGGAGGGAGCUAUGGCUGAUGCUAUAAAGUAUCUGGCAGAAUUGGACAGUUUCUAUAGCGAACAAGUCAGGCCCAGUGGUUUUGAAACGAUUAAGAAAUCGGUAGGUGAUCUAAGUUUGAUCGGUUCAAGCCUAUCAAGCCGGGCUCGGCCAAGGUUUGGGAAGAGAGGAGUUGACGACAUGAGAUCUCUUCAAAACUUGGAGAGAUUUCUGAAUGCCUAUUACAGAAAGGCAUAAACCAUUUACAGGUUUUGAAUAGAGAUGAUUCUACCCCCGGCUCUCAGAAUAUAAUUAAUUGAUUUGUGUUACUUUACGCCAAUAAAUCCUUGCCUUGCCUC